AUCUUAGAUGAUGUCAUACAGCAUGAUUCAUCCCUCUUGUGGCAAUUCCAUACAACACAAAUGGCGUGGAGGGAAGGUUGGAUGUUGUUCACUCGAGUUGUGAAAGAAACUUGCUUUAGGGAGAAAAAUAUACAAGUUAAAUGUUCCAGAACUCUUACAAGACAUAAUUUUAUCGUUAAUAAUGGGCACAAUCUAUUAAGAAGCGAAACAUUACGGAACAAUUACUAUAUUCCCUUUGCAGGCCUUAGUAUUGGAAUUGGCAUAGGUUUAUAUUAUUAUGUAUCUAAAUAUAAGGCAAAAGUAGGCGAUAUCAGUGAGAAAAUUAGAAAAUUUUCAUCAGUUCAAGCUGCAGAAGUCUUUGAUUAUGGCUUGAAUGCUGCUGGUAUUUCACAUUCUACUACCAAAAAGUAUAAUUUCAUUGCUGAUGUUGUGGAGAAAGCUGCCCCUGCUGUUGUUUACAUUGAGAUCAAGACUGUGCAUCCAUUUUUUGGAGAAAGACCGGUCGCCAUUUCUAACGGAUCCGGUUUCUUGGUGAGGUCCGACGGAUUAAUUUUAACUAAUGCCCAUGUUGUUGCCAAUAUGAAAACCGUAACUGUCAAGCUGUACGAUGGAAGAGUUUUCGAGGGACACGUGAUAAGCUUUGACAGAAAUACCGAUCUGGCCACGGUGAAGAUUAAUGCCAAAGAUUUGCCAGUCCUGAAGUUAGGAUCAUCUGCUAAAGUAAGACCUGGAGAAUGGGUUGUUGCUAUGGGAAGUCCAUUGUCCCUUAGUAAUACUAUUACUGCCGGUAUUAUAAGUUCAGUUAACAGAGGGAGUAGGGAGUUAGGUCUCCACAAAGAAAUGGAAUAUAUUCAGACUGAUGCUGCAAUCAAUUUUGGAAAUUCUGGUGGUCCUCUGGUUAAUUUAGACGGCGAAGUUGUCGGAAUUAGCACUAUGAAAGUAACUACAGGUAUUUCAUUUGCAAUACCUGCAGAUUAUGCUGCUGAAUUUUUGAAGCAGACCGAAAGCAAAACGAAGAGUUGGUUAGGAAAAGUGGUUCCAAAUAAUAUCUCGAAGAAACAGUAUCUUGGAAUUACCAUGCUUACAUUAAAUCCGAAUCUAGUCUUGGAAUUGCAACAGCGCAACCCAGAUUUUCCUCUAGUCCAAAGUGGAGUGCUUGUUUGGAAAGUUAUACUUGGAUCCUCAGUUCACUAGGGCGGUAUUCAGCCGGGAGACAUAAUCACGGAUAUUAACGGUAAACCAGUAAAAUCUGCUAAUGAUAUUUAUGCAGCACUAGAAAAUAAUGCCACAAUAAAAGUCACAGUAAGAAGAAAGAAUGAAGUGUUCAAACUAACUAUAACACCACAAGAAGCCGAUUAAAAUGAAUUAAUUUCUUACAGUUUUUAAUAGAAAUAAUAAAUUUUUUCAUAGUUUUAUUGAACAAAAUGUGUUUCUGCAUAUAAAUGAAUCAAAGACAAUACAGAUUUCUAGUGAAGUUGCUUAUACAGAGAUACACUAUCUUUUUUGUUCCAAUGAACUUGUAAUUUAUAUUUUGAUAUUUUCUAUAAUUUGUUUUAUUUAUUUUCUCUAUUAUAUUAAACAUUUCUAUAUCAUUGUUUUUUCUUUUAUGAUUUUUUACACAUUGUUUAUAUCUUAAUCUGUAUUUAAAAUAACCUACAUUUACAAACAGCUAAUUAUCAUCCAGUUUUUUCCAGAAAGACUUCUUAAGUUCAACCCCACUUGAGAUAGAGGAAGUUAUAUUUCCCUACCCCUUUGACUAUUAACCACCAAAAAUUUAAUAACAUCAAUGGUCCUAAUACACAAAUCUCCCCGCAAAAAAUAGGAGUUAAUUAAACUGAGUUUGGCAGAGAAAUUUUAUCACAAUAGUUAUUCCUGAGCACAAUCUGUUUGUCUGUACAUCAACCAGGCAGCAUAACACAUUCCUAUCCUGCCAAAAUUUCCAACUUGGUUGAAUUUUCUACAGUAAGGAUGUUAUUCAACUUUCGACUUACCCUCUGUAUUAGCGGAUGAUGUUUUCUUACUUGCUAUCAUUUUAAUGUAUUUGUAAAAGUAAAAUUUGGAGAUUUGAUGUAUAAAAUAAGAAUCUUCCUUAAGAAAUUAUUUUCUUAUGGAAAAACAAUUUGAAAUAUAUAAAUUUUUUAAACAUUAUCAAUUAUGUCUCAUGUCGUGAAACUUAAAAAUAACCACAUGGUAAUCUAAUCCCAAAAUUAUAAAUUAAUUAAAUGAAAAUGCUGGAUUUGUUGGGCUUUGUCUCAAUGAAUCCAGCAUUAUCAUUUGAUUGAACUUAAAAAUAUUUGGAGAAUCUGUAAACUACAAAAUAUCCAGUUAAUUAUUUCAAUAAAUUUUAAUAGAUUUAAAAAAAAACUAUUUCAAUUACUUUUAUAACAAACGGAAAUUUGUAUUUUUGACUUUUGUAUGCAAAUGUAGCACUACAUUACUUGUGCAUGUGCAGUUUAUCUAGCAAAUUUGUACCAAUCGGGUUACAUUACAUGAUGGAAUAUGCAUAUAUUUUAUACAAAAUACAAUUUUGAUUCUGAUGAAACCGUGUUGUUGUUAUUAAGCUGUUUCUUUGCAGACACACUAAGGUG